AAAACCACGGUUUUCUUCGCAUUUUCAUAACACGCGUAUCGUUGCUCCCGCAGUCCGUCGUUCCCACACACACACUGUCUCUCUUCGUCUCGUCUUCCCCCGCCGCCACCCCCCCCCCUCUCUGGUGCCGGCGGCUUCAUGCACUAGGACUCUGCUAUUGAUAGCCGCCACGCACCAAUCGUUGAUCGAAUGUAAUUUGAAGGUAUUCAGGGUCAUAGGCGCUUUUGCUGCCGGCUAUUAUCAGUUCUUGCUUUUUCCUGGCGUAAUAAAAGAGGAUGACUGACUGCCAUCAUGUUGUAGUGAAGAAAUCAAGUCAAAGCAAAUUCAUCUUCAAUUGUUCCAACUGAUCAGUUGAGGCUUGCGUUAAACUUUGCUUUAGGAAAUGGAUCGGUGUGACACAUCAGGAUUUGUUAGUGGGGGAGUGAUGGACUCUUUUAGUGACCUCUAACCCUAAUUUUGAAGCUAGUUUCUUCACCCGGAAGUCAGGCAGACUGUUCUUUUGCAAUUGAGAUUUGGUUUGGUAGCAUCGUAAUAGCUUUUAUUUCAUGGACAUGAGGUUCCGGAACUUGGGGUUUAAUGCAAAUUAUUCUUCUAAUACAUUCAAGAUUUUGGGAAAUUCGGUGCAAGUUGGUGGAGCUGGAGCUGAAUAUGGCACAGAUACUGUUUUACGGCUUGAUUUCCCUGGGUCCUCCGUCCCUUACAUGCCCACCUCAAAGGGAAUCAAAAGGAAAUGGGGUUUGAUCAAUCGGACUAUGGGGCCGCAGGUUGGCUCUUCACUGUCUCUUGGGCUUGGCCGUUCACCGAGUUCUUCAGACAGCAAGGGCAGUUCAGCAACUGCUUUUACGACAAUGUCUUCAGCCAAAGAGACAGAUGAGGAGUCCUCAAUGGAUCUUGAAUUGGACUUCUCGCUCCAUCUUGGUGGUGAGAAAAUACCCAGCUCGAAAGAAACCACUUGUUCAAAUUUGGAAACCCUGGAAAUGCCACCCAAGGUUGACUUGGAGUUAAGUCUCUCCACUGUACCUUCUGAAUCCGAGAUCACUAGUGUUCAUCCAGGUUCAACUCCACUUCAAUUGGGCAUGAAGAUGCCACAAAGUGUUGGUGGGAGCCAAAAUGGUGAUGAGGAAUCAACAUCAUCUCGUUGGAAACUGGGGAUUAUUAUUCCUCCUUUGCAGACUCCAGUGAAGACAGGGCGUAUUGUUGUUUUCAAUCAAGUUCCCAAAAAAAUUGAUCAAACUCCUGUUAUUCCAGACCUCUCACCAAUUGUAUUAACAGCACCGAAAAGCUCAGUCACCUGCACUUCCGGGAUAAUACAGCAGCAGCAACAGCCACAACAUCGUAGCAGUAGUUCUAAGACAUGCCAAAUUGAGGGGUGUGUAAAGGGAGCCAGAGGUGCUUCUGGCCGUUGUAUUUCUCAUGGUGGCGGUCGGAGGUGCCAAAGAAUUAAUUGCGACAAGGGAGCUGAGGGUAGGACUGUGUACUGCAAGGCCCAUGGGGGUGGUCGACGAUGCGAAUUCUUUGGUUGCACAAAGAGUGCUGAAGGGCGCACAGAUUUCUGUAUUGCCCAUGGUGGUGGUCGAAGAUGCAGUCAAGAGGGUUGCACUCGAGCUGCCAGAGGUAAAUCAGGAUUUUGUAUCCGGCAUGGUGGUGGCAAGAGAUGUCAAAGUGAAAAUUGCUCAAAGAGUGCAGAGGGCCUCUCAGGUCUUUGCAUCUCACAUGGAGGAGGCCGACGAUGCCAAGCAUUAGGAUGCACAAAAGGUGCACAAGGGAGCACAAUGUUUUGCAAGGCCCAUGGUGGUGGAAAACGAUGUACGGCACCAGGGUGCACUAAGGGUGCUGAGGGGAGCACGCCUUUUUGCAAGGGCCACGGUGGAGGGAAAAGGUGUGCUUUCCAAGGUGGAUCAUGUACAAAGAGUGUGCAUGGAGGAACCAACUUCUGUGUGGCACAUGGGGGUGGUAAGAGGUGUGCUGCGCCAGAGUGCACAAGGAGUGCAAGGGGAAGGACAGAUUAUUGUGUUCGUCAUGGUGGGGGGAAGAGAUGCAAGUUUGAAGGGUGUGGCAAAAGUGCACAAGGAAGCACUGAUUUUUGUAAGGCACAUGGUGGAGGAAAGAGGUGUUCUUGGGGCCAUCCUGGAUCUGAAUAUCUCAGCCAAUCUAGUGGUCCUUGUAACUCCUUUGCAAAGGGGAAGACAGGUCUCUGUACUCUCCAUAGUGGCCUGGUCCAGGAUGAGAGGGUUCAUGGAGGUGUUACGCUUGGACCUAUGAUUCUGGAUCCUAAACUUAUCCAGCCAGGGAAAGAGGUCAUCACUGGGGACAUGAAUGUUGAUGCUUGGAAGAUAGGGACUGGCACAGGAACUUUGGCUGGCAGAACUAAAUCUGAUUUGAACCAAUAUGGAGUCCCAACUGCUCAAAUCUCAGCUGGGGAAGGGAACCUCUCGUCAAUGCCAGUAUAUCUUCCAGAAGGUAGGGUGCAUGGGGGAAGUCUAUUAGCAUUGCUGGCAUCCGGUUCUGGUCUUGGCUCAAGAAGUGGUAAAGGUGUAGUAGUUACUUCAUCCGAGCCAAUGGAAUCUUACAUUAUGCCUCAUGGUUGGAUGUAAGGCUAUUUCUCUCCAUCGUUCUUGAUAUGGUCUCGGCAGUUGACAGAAUUUCUCAGCAUGUUUGUGUCCUUUGGUUAGUUUGUUCAGUGGCUUGAUAAUCUGUAGUAGUUCUCAUUCAUUGGUACAAAUGGAGAGAACCCCUAAAUGCAUUGUCGCCCUUCUUUACGGUUGGGGAAGUUGAGUUAGGAGAUAGUUGGCAUUUGGAGUCAGGUCUUUAGCGUUAUUUCCUGUAAAUACUAAUAUUUGUAUCUGUCCGGGCAGGUUAUUGUGAAAGAAAAUUAUAUACA